CCUCGAGGGGGGAGGAGCCAGGGGCCCAAUCCGCAAUUAAAGAUGAACUUUGGGUGAACUAAUUUGUCUAAGGUAACGUGGGCAGCAACCUGGGCCGCCUAUAAAGCGGGCGCGCGGCAGGUUCGGAGCUCUGGCGACGGCGGCAGGUGGCGCGGGAGGUCGCGGCGCGCCAUGGGGCUCCCAGCACUGCUGGCCAGUGCUCUCUGCACCUUCGUGCUACCGCUGCUGCUCUUCCUGGCAGCGAUCAAGCUCUGGGACCUGUACUGCGUGAGCAGCCGGGACCGCAGCUGCGCCCUCCCGUUGCCCCCCGGAACUAUGGGCUUCCCCUUCUUUGGGGAAACUUUGCAGAUGGUGCUUCAGCGAAGGAAGUUCCUGCAGAUGAAGCGCAGGAAAUACGGCUUCAUCUACAAGACACAUCUGUUCGGUCGGCCCACGGUGCGGGUGAUGGGAGCGGACAACGUGCGGCGCAUCUUGCUCGGGGAGCACCGGCUGGUGUCAGUCCACUGGCCCGCGUCUGUGCGCACCAUCCUGGGCUCCGGCUGCCUCUCCAACCUGCACGACUCCUUGCACAAGCAGCGCAAGAAGGUGAUUAUGCGGGCCUUCAGCCGCGAGGCGCUCCAGUGCUACGUGCCAGUGAUCGCCGAGGAAGUGGGCAAUUGCCUCGAGCAGUGGCUGAGCUGCGGCGAGCGCGGCCUCCUAGUCUACCCGCAGGUGAAGCGCCUUAUGUUCCGCAUCGCUAUGCGCAUCCUGAUGGGCUGCGAGUCCCGGCUGGCGAGCGGCGGGGAAGCAGAGCAGCAGCUGGUAGAGGCCUUCGAGGAAAUGAUCCGCAAUCUCUUCUCGUUGCCCAUAGACGUGCCCUUCAGCGGGCUGUACCGGGGACUGAAGGCGCGGAACCUCAUCCACGCGCGCAUCGAGGAGAACAUUCGCGCCAAGAUCUGCGGGCUGCGGGCGGCCGAGGCGGACGGGAGCUACAAAGAUGCGCUGCAGCUGUUGAUCGAGCACUCGUGGGAGAGGGGAGAGAGGCUGGACAUGCAGGCACUAAAGCAGUCUUCAACUGAGCUCCUCUUUGGAGGACACGAAACCACAGCCAGUGCAGCUACAUCUCUGAUCACUUACCUGGGGCUCUACCCACAUGUCCUCCAGAAAGUCCGAGUGGAGCUGAAGAGUAAGGGUUUACUUUGCAAGGGCAAUCAAGACAACAAGUUGGACAUGGAAAUUUUGGAACAGCUUAAAUACACUGGGUGUGUUAUUAAAGAGACCCUUCGACUGAAUCCCCCAGUUCCAGGAGGGUUUCGGGUUGCCCUUAAGACUUUUGAAUUAAAUGGAUACCAGAUUCCCAAGGGCUGGAAUGUUAUCUACAGUAUCUGUGAUACUCACGAUGUCGCCGAUAUCUUCACCAACAAGGAGGAAUUCAAUCCUGACCGCUUUCUGCUGCCUCACCCGGAGGAUGCAUCCAGGUUCAGCUUCAUUCCAUUUGGAGGAGGCCUUAGGAGCUGUGUAGGGAAAGAGUUCGCAAAAAUUCUUCUCAAAAUAUUUACAGUGGAGCUGGCCAGGCAUUGUGACUGGCAGCUUCUAAAUGGACCUCCUACAAUGAAAACGAGUCCCACCGUGUAUCCUGUGGAUGAUCUCCCGGCAAGGUUCACCCGUUUCCAGGGGGAAAUCUGAUGGGCAGGAAUGCCCAGACCUCAGACUUAUUUGAAGAGUACAUAUGCGUUUUUAUCUAGUGUCAUGUUGAUUUUAUUAUAUUUAAUUUCUAAAUGUAUAUUAUAAUAUUUAUGUGUCUCUUCUACAGUACCACAGUCUUUAAAUAUUAAAAUAAUGAACUGGAUAGUUUACAAAUAAAGUAAAAUCUGAA